GUUCAGCACCCAAAGUCGAAGGAAAGCUGUGUGGCCUCUCAAUGGAGGAAAGUGCUAGAUUUGCCACUCUUGUAUAAUAUUAGCCACCUCUCACUGCCCUCGUUUGACUUCUCCAACGACCGGAAUCGUCUGCGUUUAAUGUAAGGGGACAGAAGUGGCGUCAAACAUGCGUAAAAAUCAAGGCCAUCCAAGCAGGGAACCACCGAGAGAGGACUUAACGCCGCUCAUCUGAGGCCAAUCUCCAGUUAUUUUUUGUUGGUCAAAUAAGGAAACACAACUUGGCUAGCUAGCUAACGUUAGCUCCGGAGAUCACACCUUCACACCAACGGAGACGCCAAGAGGAUCAUCAAGAUUGGAUCCGAACGACGGGAAAACCUGUAGGCUGCAAUGGGUGCGUUCCUGGACAAGCCGAAGACUGAGAAGCACAGUGCCCACGGCGAAGGCAACGGCCUUCGCUACGGACUGAGCUCCAUGCAGGGCUGGCGGGUGGAGAUGGAGGAUGCCCACACAGCCGUGGUAGGCCUCCCCCAUGGACUCACCGACUGGUCCUUCUUUGCCGUCUAUGACGGCCAUGCAGGCUCCCGAGUGGCCAACUACUGUUCCGGCCACCUGCUGGAACACAUCCUGUCGGGGGGAGCAGAGUUUGGGUCUGGGGCCGGCUCCGUGGAGGGCGUGAAGGACGGCAUCCGCGCGGGUUUCCUGAAAAUUGACGAGUACAUGCGCAGCUUCGCCGACCUGCGGCAGGGCUUGGACCGCAGUGGAUCGACAGCCGUUUGCGUGCUGCUCAGCCCUACCCAUCUCUACUUCAUUAACUGCGGAGACUCUCGGGCUGUGCUGAGCCGAGACAGCAAAGUGGGCUUCUCCACCCAGGACCACAAGCCCUGCAACCCCCGAGAAAAGGAGCGAAUCCAGAAGGCCGGUGGCUCGGUCAUGAUCCAGAGGGUAAACGGCUCCCUGGCCGUAUCCCGGGCCCUGGGGGACUAUGACUACAAAUGUGUGGAUGGUAAGGGCCCCACGGAGCAGCUGGUGAGCCCGGAGCCUGAAGUGUGCGUGCUGGAGCGGGCCACUGAAGACGAUGAGUUUGUGGUGCUCGCGUGCGACGGGAUCUGGGAUGUCAUGUCCAACGAGGAGCUGUGUGAGUUUGUGCGCUCGCGACUUCUGGUGUGCGACGACCUGGAGAAAGUUUGUAACUCGGUGGUGGAUACCUGCUUGCACAAGGGUAGCAGAGACAACAUGAGUGUCGUCUUGGUGUGUUUACCCGGCACUCCUAAGAUCUCAGAGGAGGCUGUAAAGAAAGAGGAGGAAUUAGACAAAUACCUGGAGGCCCGCGUUGAGGAGCUUCUUGCAAACUGCGGUGAGGCCGGAACCCCUGACCUGCUGUCUGUGCUGAGGAGCAUCGCCACAGACAACAUCUCCAAUCUUCCACCAGGUGGCGGCCUGGCGAGCAAACGCAGCGUGAUUGAGGCAGUGUACAACAAGUUGAACCCUCACAAAGAAGAAGAAGGGUGUGCUGGCGAGCUGGAAGACCCCUGGUAGCCAUGGCAACCACCCGCAUCCCCUCCUUGUACUCGAGUGCAUCCGAGGGAGAAGGACGAGGAGUGUGUCUCUCCAUUGCGCUAUGUUCUUUCUCCACUUAAAAGGGGGGACUUGUGUAUGUUGGUUGUGUGUGUGUGUGUGUGUGUAUUUUUGAAGCAGUGGGGAUAACACACACACACACGUCUCAAAGUAAGUAGUGGGUGGGGGGGGGGGGCAGAGAAUGUCAAGAUUUUAUGAACUGAAGCAUUGUGAUGGUAGAGAUGAUUUUUACCAUUUAUGCUGUUUUUUUAUGUUGACUCCUGACUUUAAAUGACAUGAGGUGUGUGUGUGUGUUGUGAAUAAUGGUGAAGAGAAGAUGGUGGAUAAAGACAUUCAGUUCUUCUCCUGGACUUUUUUUUUUUGUGGGGGGUGGUCCUGACCCUUUCCCCUUUAAGCCCCCUCCCCAACUUCACACACGCACACCCGAAGCAGCAUCAAUACUACCCACCCGUGCACGUACUGUAUGUGAUGUGCCACCCUUGCAGGCCACGCUGCAUGAGGACAUGGACAGUCUUUUAGUGACACUGACUGAUCCCGCCCCCACCAUGCCCACCGCGAAUGACCUCUGGACUCUGAUUGGCUCUCUUUGUCUUUGUGUUGUCAUGGUGAUGAUGAUCAUAACUGAGAAGAGGAUGGACGUCUUUGGGAUGGGAAGGGACGAGUAUGGUAUCAUUGGUUGGACGUUUUUGAGUGGUGGAGUGUCUGGGAGGGGGCUUCCUCACCUACCCACCCCAACGCACCCCACACACCAUCACAUUUGGAAGUGCACAUGGCGGCAUGUUUUUUUUUGUUUGUUUUUUCCUUUUCUCCUUCCUUUUUUUUUUUUUUUUUUUUAAUGUUGUCCAUGAGGUUACUCUUAGCUGCUCACUUCGUAGAGUGAGUCAAGUCGUCGUUUUAAUAAUCCAGUUGUUUCUGGUUAUCAUGUUUGUAUUGCUGUUGUUUGUUUGCACUCACAUUUGAUUACAGAAAGCGUCUAUAUAUGAAAUAAAACAACAAAAAUAACCGUCUGUGGACAAAGUGGAGGUCGUUUUCUGAAGAAAAAAACAGAUCAGCCGCGGGAAGUGCUGUGGGUGUUCAAAAUAAAAGGCGUAACAUCGAGGUCAGUGCUUCUCCUCUUGCCUUCAUAUUACGUUCAUGUUUAAGUUGGCAUUUUGUUGGUCGCACAGCUAAUUUGCAGAUGUCAGCGCAAGUAUGGAUAGAAAUGCAGACAAAGGGCUUUAUUUUCACACUUGAGUAAUCUAGUAUCUAAAUAAUGGAGUCCAAUUUUUGCUCUUUACUGAUAAUGUCCUAUGGUCAUCUUUAUGAACUUUGCAAACAGUACUUGAAAGGAACUUAUUUUCUGUUUGUGCCAUUUGAGCACCUAUGGAGACGUUCUCCCUGGCCCAAAACUAAAAAAUGGUCUGGAGUAACUGUUAUUUUCAUUCACGUAAAUUCUGGUGUAUAACCCACUGUUUUCUUGAACUUUGAACCCUGCGGCUUUAUACAGUGGUGUGGCUAAUACAUGGCUAAAUUCUCAUCUCGUGACACCUCCUUUACCUCCUUCUCAAUUUUAUGAGAAUAAACUCGUAAUAUGAGAAAAAAUGUAAUUUUAGUAGCAUAGAGUUGAAAUAUUAAAGAUGUUUAAAAUGAAUUUAGAAAUGUUUUCAAUUAUCUUUUAAAAGUGUCAUAUAAGAAACAACAAAAUACUAGAAAGUUAGGGAAAUUACAUUAUGGGAAUAAAGCAAAAUAGUAUGGGAAUAAAAUCAUAAUAUGAACAUUUUCGAAGAGUAUGUAAGUACAAAGUUGAAAUAUUUUGAAUAUUAAAAACUGCAAAAUGGAAAAAAGAGCAAAUACCAACUUUCAGACUAAUACUAUACUUUUUCAGCCAAAGCACAAAGCUGAAAGCAGUUUUGUCUUGAAACUUCUUAGUAUAUCUACAAAAUGUAAAAAUGGGCCACGCAUCCUCUCAGUUUUCACUAUGUAGUGCUUGGUGGAAAAUGUUUGGACACACCUGUUGUUCAGGAAGCUAAAUAGCAAUACAGUCGUCCCUCGCCUAUUGCGACCCGACCACAGUAAGUGAAUAUUCGUGAACUAGGAUUCAAUGUUAAAUUGAAUAGUUUCAUAACAUGUUUGACUUUCUAAAUAGGGUUUUUAAAAUUUUACCAUUGUUAGUGCCCUGUGGACAGGAAAUAACACCUUGUCACCUUUACACUCCGACUAUUCUGUUUACACCACAUUGCUAAUGCACAGCCUAAGGGAUCACUGCAGGGACAUGACACGACCACGUCCUUAAGCAGUAGCAUGCUUGCGAGCUAACUAGUUAGCCUCCAAUUUAUUCAUUCUAAAUUUAAGAUAGGGUUUCAAACAGAGUGGGGAAAGCGUUAAAAACUUACCACUUCCACAUCGCAUAGGAUAACUUCUUUUCACUCUGUCAUGUCAGACAUGCUAUAGCUGACUAUAUGCAGUGUGACCGUAAUGGCAUGUCAUGUAUCAAUAUUUAGUGUCAUUAUUAAUGCCUAGUGGCCAGAAUACUACAUAUAACUUGUCUUUCACAAUUUUUUGACUAAUACCAUCGUCAACCACGAAACAGCCAUCGUUUAUUAUACAUUUUUUGAAAAACCAUGAUAGAGUGACUAGACUAUAGUCUAUGAGCGUUGUAGUUGCAAACGCUAAGGAAACCCCCCCCCCCCUUGCAUUUUGAUAGAGAAUUGCGAAUCACAAGUUCAGCCCUCUGCCUUAAUAUCAGGAAACAUCCCUCAGCGGCACAUGCCAUUACAAAGCAAAAUCUGAAUUGGUUUAGAUAUGUAAAGGUUUUUCAGUAACCCAAUAAUAACUUACGUUUAUGUCAGUUUAUGUAUAAUAACUUAAUUACGUUUAUGUAGGAGUAAUUUUGUAACUAAUUCAGUUGAAGUAAAUAGUAAAUAUAGCUAAUUUUUUUUUCAAGAGGUUUGUCCAACACUGCCCAUAAUAUUACGCCUUUGUCUUAAACCAGGAAGUGGCCUGUCAGCAUAUGAGUGCAAAAAGAAACUCAAAGAUGUAACUAAACAAGUCUUUGACGUCUGUUGAAGUCAUUUUUCUGUUUUUGCUGUUUGUAACCGAACCCCCCUGCCCCUGAAUCAUAAGUGGUACAGUCCUGCCAUAAAGUAGUGAGUGGCAUGUGGUCCAUUUUUGCGGAGUUUGCCCUCCAUGCAUACAGGCUGCAUGCCGUACUAGCUGCUAGUUAAAUAACUAUAUACAGUACUACCAACGCAAACAUAAAACGAGCCCCGUCUAAUCUGUGACAUCAUCAUUUAAUCAUAAUCACAUUGCGUCCUUAA